AUGGACUCAAAUAAGUGCAAAGGAAAUAGCCUAAUACACGGCAUUUCGAUAAACAAUAAAGGAAAGUUUAUCUGGAAGGAUUCGUUCGAAGAAUUAAAGAAAGUUGUCGAAGAAUUUUUACCGACAACUAAUGGCGAAUGGGGUUGCCCAGGCGGAGACGUGAAGCAAUACAAAUCUGUAGAUUUAGAUCUUAGAUGGCAUCCGAGUACUCGUUCAAUAACUCUAAAUGGGAAGUUAAAGGAGAGUAUCGACGCGAAAAACUGA